UCUGUAUAUGGAGUCAGGUGCUUUUAACAGUCCGAGCUAUCCUGAUGUAUACCCACCUAAUGUGGAGUGUGUAUGGACCAUCACCAGUUCCCCUGGGAACCGUCUACAACUGUCCUUCAUAAUGUUUCAGUUGCAACAAAGUUCAGACUGCAGUAGUGACUACCUAGAGGUUCGUGAAGGACAUUCCACUGGUACUCUGGUUGGUCGUUUCUGUGGUGAUUCCCUUCCUUCCAACUACACCUCUAUAAUGGGCCACAUUCUUUGGAUCAAGUUUGUCUCCGACUCCUCAGUCAGCGGAGCUGGAUUUAGAGCAGUAUUCUCUCACUUGUAUGGAAAUGACAUCACGGGCAGCUCGGGACAGAUAGCCUCCCCGCUUUACCCACGCACCUACCCAAACAAUGCAGACUACCGCUGGACUGUCACAGUGGACUCAGAUUCCCACAUCCAGAUUCAAUUCCUGGACAUCGACAUAGAGGACCUAUUCAGUUGUUAUUAUGACAAGCUCAAGAUAUAUGAUGGUCCCAGCACCAGUGCUUUACUUAUGGGUGAGUUCUGCGGCCUGACUCUGCCCAACCCAGUAAGAAGUUCAGGCAGCACUAUAACGCUUGAAUUUAAAUCUGACAAUGUGAUUGGAGGAAAAGGCUUCCUGGUUGAGUGGACUGCUGUUCAGGGCUCCGGUCCUUUGCCAACUAUACAGCCAGGAGCAUGUGGAGGAACAUUGAUGACAGGAGACAAUCCCCAGUUCUUAUUCUCUCCUGGUUGGCCCGAGCUGUAUCAGCAUAACCUUGACUGUUCAUGGGUGAUCCGGUCUCCAAAUUCGAUCGUUGAGUUUAAUCUGCUUUCUCUGGACAUGGAAGAUGAGGUUUCGUGUCUCCAUGACAGUCUAUCCAUCAGGGAUGGUGACACCAACUUGUCUCCACUGAUUGCAAAGGUUUGUGGGCGGGAGCUGCCUGGCUCUCUGCACUCUAAUG